GUGUGAGAAACAGUUCCGACACGUGCUUUUUUAAAAAUCAGCAUUUGCCUAUAUCUUAAUUGCAUUGAAAUUCUUGAUAUAUCAUACUGUAAACAGUAGAUUUUUUAAUAUACUUAUACGUUAUCCUAAACAUUUAAAGGCAAACUCACAGAUUACCUAACGUGUUUAAUACAUUAUUGCUAAAAUGCAAAAAAUUAAAAGGAAAAAUACAGAUGAUGAUGGGUCUCCACCCAAGAAGAAAAUACUUUUUAGUGGUCCUAAGAAUGAAAACAAAAAAAAUGGAGACAAAAAGUUCAACGAUAAAAAAAAAAAAUUUGAUAAGGGAGUAACUAAUGGCUUCAAAAAAUUCAACAAACCUUUUACGAAAGGCAAUGAUUCUAAAAAUAAGCCAUUACCCACUGAAGGUAUUACUGAAAAACCGAAAUGGUCAGAAAUGAAAAAAGAAAAAAAGAAUCUUAGAACAGAGCGACGUAAGGCAAAAGCUACUGCAGAGAUAUUUGAAAUAUCUCACAAGGCAAAGUUAUUAGCAGCUCAAAUUCAAAGGAAAGUUGUCAAACCUGAAUUUCGAAUGCAAGCAUGUAAAGAACUGCACUCUUUAAUCAAAGGGCAGUAUAAGGCAAUCGCUCUUACCCAUGACUUGAGUAGAGUAAUUCAAGUCUUGCUUAAACAUAGUCCAGAGGAUAUAAGAAAUGAUAUAACUGAAGAACUUUUGGAUUUAAUGGUUCCCAUGAUGCAGUCUAAAUACGCACAUCACUCUGUCAAACGUAUUCUAAAAUAUGGUACGGAUUACAUACGCCAUGAAGUGAUGAAAAAGUUUUUUGGUCACAUUGUUUCCUUAGCAUCUCACACUGUUAGUGCACCAGUCUUAGACUAUGCAUAUGGAGAGUUUGCCACUAAAAAGGAAAAGAUACAUAUGCAACAGGAGUUCUAUGGAGACAUGUAUAAAAAUUCAAAAGAUGAAAAGGUAAAAACCUUAAAUGAUGCUUAUAAAGAUAGCCCUGAAAUGAAAUCAGCAAUCUUGCAGUCUUGCAAAGCUAAUGUGCAAAAAAUAUUAGAUAAAAAUUUACACGAUAGCGAGUUACUUCAUUCAGUAUUGUAUGAUUACAUUAGAGAAUGUAGUUCAGAGGACAGGGUAGAAUUGAUUUCAACACUGAGUUCACUCAUAGUGCCACUUAGCAAUUCUUUGCCUGGUGUCAAUACAGCAAGUAUGUGUGUGUGGCAAGGCACCAAUAAAGAUAAAAAGACAAUAUUAAAAGUAGUCAAGGAGCAUGUGGUACCACUAAGCAAACAUAAAACAGGCUACAGGCUUUUGCUAGCAAUUUUUGAUUCUGUUGAUGAUACAGUUUUAGUAAAAAAGGUGAUUGUUUCAACCCUCGCUAACAACCUUAAAGACAUUGCCAAAGAUCAUUGGGGAAACAUGACGUUACAUUGGCUUGUAAAACCAAAAGAUCCAGCUGCAUUCCAUCCAAGUUUAAUAAAAAUUUUAGAUGAGGGAUUUAAAAGUGGCACAUCAAAAAAAGAUGCAGAUAUCCGUGUUUCUGAACUGAGAGAGGCAAUACUUCCAGCAGUGAAGAGUGAUAUUGAAUCAGAUCCUGAUUUCUGGCUCAGUACUAAAUCUGCAUUUUUGUUAGUAGUAGCUGUUUUAUCCAUCGAAUCAUCAAAAACAAUAUUAGAAUCACUUGCAAAAGUUAUUUGUCGGUCAGACUGGAUAGUAAGAGCAAAUGAUAAAGAUGUACUGGCAAUAGAAGAUGCCGGUAUUCACAUGUGUUUAAAAAAACUAGCAAUAUUGGAUAAAACUGCAUCAGACACAUUGGGUGAUGCCAUUUGUGAAAAUAUUGAAGAUGAAGCAUUAAAAGCUUGGCUGCCUACAAACCGAGGAUGUUUCUUUAUAUUAAAAUUGAUUGAAAAUAAUAAAGAAAAUGUUGCCAAGAAAUUUAUUAAGAAGAUUAAGAACCAUACAAAUAUUUUGAAACAGCAAUCAUCAGAAGGUGCAAAACUUCUUUUGCAAUGUAUUAAGAAAUAAUAAACUUUUCUUAAAAUUA